AUGACGUCGCGCCAAGCUGCCUUGUUCGCGAGCCCGGUAAACUACAUCGUGAACCUUGUUAAGCGUUCGGUAGACUGCCAUGGCGAUGGCGACAAGAACCCCAUACCCAUACACAAUGCCACCAACCCCCUUCAACCCCCUUCGACCCGCAUCAACCCACACCGUGAGACGCGCAAACACCCACCAUGCCGCACAACCCCAUCACCGCAGUCCAAGAGCAUUCCCCAGCCUAUCUCCGACACGAUGCCACCACCUCAACCAUCCUUCCACCAGUACACAGCCACCCUUCCCAUCCCUACGAACCUCUCACUACCAAACAAAAACAUCUUCCCCCCCACGCCCUGGGAGACGAAGCUCGCGCACAUCUUCUUCGAGCGCGUGUUUAGCCGCUUUCUGCAGCUCAGUGAACAUCAUCGUCUGGAGCUGGGAGGUGUCGUGUACCGCGCUCUUCUGGCCAUUCUAGUCGAGUCCUGGUAUGCCAUCGGCGUGUUGUUCCUGGUCCCGUACGCAUACGCAUACCGCGAGGAUGUUGAGCGUGUGCUCACAGUCGGGUGGUGUUACUCCGGAUGCUGGGCCUUCUUACUCGGAGUUCUCAAUCGGCGGACUGGACGCAAACUUCGUCCCCAAAGCGGAGACUACUACAUCCAGCUCGUUUCGUUGCGGGCGUUCUCGCGUUCCUGGGCCAAACACAAUUCCCCAUUCCUCCGGCUGAGUAUCUGGACACUGAAGAGGAUCUGCGCCAAAGAAUCGCGGUUGGGGAACACGCUGCGGUUUCUCCUCCAGCACCCGCGGCGCUGCUUCGUUUACUUGGUUCCUACGGCGUGUGAGACAUCGAGGCCAUCCAUCCCCCUCAACACCCGCAUCAUCGACGGCGUCUUCCAAGCCACCGGCCUCCGCACAAGCGAGCGCUACAUAACCGCCUUCAACCCCCUCGCCCCCGCCUGCCUCCGCAAAACAAACACCUACGAAGAAGCCUCCAUCGGACUUCUCGCAUCCGACGCGAAUGCAACAGGUAUAUCCCCGCACCUCCAAAGACAGCUCGCAUACGACAUCUACUUCCAGGUCCUCGCCUCCUUCUACUCUGCGUUAUCAAGCGGGAAUCUGAUAAACUCGGCGAUGGGCUUCUCCCCCUUCGCCCUGCUCUUCGAAGACACGUCUGCGUACGGGACUGUGGGGCUCAGCACGGGGAUACCAGACCGAGAGUAUAGUCUCAGCGGCGCGUUCUCGGCGCUGAGUAAAGUCAUCGUGCUGCUCGUCCGGCCUCCCCCUCGCUAUACAUCGCAGUAUCCCGCUCCAGGCGAAGAACUGAUGCGGCGGAUGGAUCGGGAGUGCGGGUAUGUCGAAAGGGGGGAUGGAGCGGUACUGCAGAGCGAAACACCAACACAGCAGAGCGGAGUGCAGCAGCAUCAGACAUAUUCCAAAUCCAGCACCGAAGGCCCCGUAGAUCCACACGUGCAUUUCAAAUAG